GUGAGACAGCAGUGCGAGAGGAAGCUCGCGAAGGUGACGCUCCAGAGGGACAAGCUCGCCCGCGGCUGGACGAAGCAGCGGCUGCGCGUGGGCGACUUCGCGAGGGCGUCCUGGUCCCAGAAGAAGCAGGUUCACGGCGACACGUGGGCCGUCGACGGCGUCAUCCGG